UGAGCUGUCAGUUGACAGCGCAACACCGAGCCGGAAGCAUCGUAGGAAAUAACACAGAUUUGAUAAACCGUAGAUUUUAGAUUACUCUUCUUUGGCACUGCAAUAACGGUUGGGACACUAGCAUAUUUGGGGGCUGACCAACGAACGCGUAAGAAAUAGAAAAUCUAAAAGGACUGACUAGCUUUCUAGUUUAGCAAGCUAUCGUUAGCUUUGGCCAGUGCAGCCGCUGCUCUGCAACAGCUAGCUAAGGACGGAGUGUGUAGUAGGCAGGCGAGCUCCGUUGGAAUCUAAAACCUAAGGCAAAUUGGAGUAUCUAGCUAAUACAGAAAAGACUACAGUUGUUUUUGAUUGCUCGCUAGCUAAAUGCAGAGUGUAGGUGAUCAUUGAGAGGCUACUCUCCCAGCUCCAUAACGAACUGUCACUGACUGGGUGAUAUCCAGCCAAUUGCCACUAAAGAUGGCUACAGCGAGCAGCAUUGCCGCAUCUAUUGCGAGCAAGACGAAGAAGAAACACUUCGUGGCUCAAAAAGUGAAGCUUUUCCGAGCCAGCGACCCUCUGCUCAGCGUCCUCAUGUGGGGAGUCAACCAUUCGAUCAAUGAGUUGAGCCAUGUUCAGAUCCCUAUCAUGUUGAUGCCUGAUGACUUCAAGGCCUACUCCAAGAUUAAGGUGGACAAUCACCUCUUCAACAAGGAGAACAUGCCGAGCCAUUUCAAGUUUAAGGAGUACUGUCCUCUGGUGUUCCGCAACCUCAGAGAGAGGUUUGGCAUCGACGACCAGGAUUUCCAGAAUUCACUGACCCGUGCGGCUCCGUUGAACAGUGAUGCUCAGGGUCGGACUGGCGCUCGCUUUCACACCACCUACGACAAACAAUACGUCAUCAAAACCAUCACCAGUGAGGAUGUGGCUGAGAUGCACAACAUUCUCAAGAAGUACCACCAGUUCAUAGUGGAGUGUCAUGGCAACACGCUGCUGCCUCAGUUCCUGGGGAUGUACCGCCUCACGGUGGACGGAGACGAGACCUACAUGAUCGUCACCAGGAACAUCUUCUCCCACCGCCUCCCCGUCUACAAAAAAUAUGAUCUGAAGGGCUCCACUGUGGCCAGGGAGGCCAGCGACAAGGAGAAGCAGCCACGCCCUCCUGAGGAUGCACCCCCGCGGCCCAAAUCUAAUGUUCAGCAAAGGCUGCAAACGCUGCGGAUCGCCACGCGCUUUUACUGCGCCAUGAAACACGUAAGAGACGCCAAGGAGCUGCCCACCUACAAGGACAACGACUUCAUCAACGAUGGACAGAAGAUCUGCAUCGACGACGACAACAAAAAGAUGUUCCUGGAGAAGCUACGUAAAGACGUGGAGUUCCUGGCCCAGUUGAAGCUGAUGGACUACAGUCUGCUGGUGGGGAUCCAUGAUGUGGAGCGGGCUGAGCAGGAGGAGGUGGAGAGUGAGGAUAACGAGGGGGACGAUGAGGGGGAGAGUGACGGAGUGAUUGGCACUCCCCCUGACUCCCCCAGUAACACCCUGGACAGCACCAAGCCCCUGUCCCCCGGGGAGUUUGACCCCACCAUAGACGUCUAUGCCAUCAAGAGCAACGACGGUGCUCCUAGGAAGGAGGUGUACUUCAUGGCGGUCAUUGAUAUUCUGCAGCAUUACGAUGCCAAGAAGAAGGCCGCUCACGCUGCCAAGACCGUCAAACACGGAGCGGGAGCGGAGAUCUCCACGGUGAACCCAGAGCAGUACUCCAAGAGGUUCUACGACUUCAUCACCACUAUUCUCUCAUAGCCCCCGGGAGUAGGGGAGGGGCUGGCUGAGAGUGGAGGUGGUUUUUAUCUCUCUCUCCAUUUCUCCUUUAGCAGGGGUGUCCCUCUGCAGCUAAAACCAUCAUUUGUUUACAUUCAUAUUCUCUGUUGACUUGAUCUCUGUUACGCGGGACCAUAAGGUGUGAUAGGAGAAUAGGUGUAUCUUCUCUUUUGACUUGAUCUCUGUUACGCGGUGUUCUAGUCAGUACUUUUGUAUUUGUUUGUUUUGUGUACUUUGGGAAUCUAGUUUUUUUUACACCAUGUCCUCACCCUGCAUUGUUUGUUGUUCUGUAUUCCCCUUUGGGAGGGGGUGGGGUUAGAAUGAGGAAGAACAGGGCUCAGUGAUUGGAUAACAAUAGUGAGGUCACUCUCGGAGUAAAUAGUACAGGUAGAAGUAAACAGGAAGUGCACCUUGAGGCUAGUCCAAACCAUUCACUUGUCUUCAGGAAGUAGGAAGUAUUAGUCCAAUAGGCCGUCGGCCAGACCAUCCAAUUGCCAUUUAGCCCUGCCCAAGCCAAAGCUACCUUCCUAUCUGUCCCUUCAUCCAUCACUCCCUCCAUACAAGAGACGUUAGGACAAGCUGCGUCUAGUAAGACUGGGAGCUGGUCAGUAGUGCUGUGUGUGUGUGUGUGUGUGUGUGUGUGUGUGUGUGUGUGUGUGUGUGUGUGUGUGUGUGUGUGUGUGUGUGUGUAGCAGGGUACCUGGAAGGACGGCCAGAGAGGAGACCAGAAAUGACACGAGGUCUGACUCGUCCAACAGUUUCAUUCAGUUCCAUUAGGCUUUAGAGAUUUACGACAUCAUUGACUGAUCGGGUUUAUGUCAUUCUGGCGGGGUACCAGGAAAGGCUAUUAGGAAGUUGGUGUGUCUGACUUCCUGUGGGACAGGGCAGGGCGAUGGUUUGAUACCUCAUGGACCUUUGAACCUGAAUUGCCAUCAGCACCUUAAACAAAUUGUUGCACUUUUAUGUUAGAGAUAUGAUCUCUCGUUCUGUUACAUGCACCACAACAAAAGCACUGUUUGGAGUUAUCCAACUCAGCCCCAACAUGUCUGAUAGGGGUGUCGGAGGGACUAGAGGUGGGUUUGGGACCAGGCCUGAGUGUAGUGCGCAGCAGAGAAAGAGGAGUGGUGCCUUCAGGACAGAUACAGACGGCCUAUUGUUUACCUCUGGUAUCGAACCAGCCUGAACCAGAGUCUUACCCACAUCUGUCUGUCAGGGGUCUCCAACCCCGGCCAUGGAGGAGUACUGCGUAUGCAGGCUUUAUUUACUCCUGUCAGCACUAAUAUACCUGAUUCAGCUUAUUGUGGUCCAGACAGAAGACCUUAAUUAGUUGGUUAUUUGAUUCAGCUUAUUGUGGUCCAGACAGAAGACCUUAAUUAGUUGGUUAUUUGAUUCAGCUUGUUAUGGUCCAGACAGAAGACCUUAAUUAGUUAUUUGAAUUCGUUGUUACAGCAGGGCUGGAACAAAAGCCUUCACGACUAUUAGCGUUCCAGGACUGAGAUGGAGAGCCCUGAGACAGUCAAAGAUCUCUAUACAAGGUUCAGGCCUGAGUCGGCUGUGUGUCAGUGUUUCAUGAGAGGAGAGGAAGGGGCUGGGUUGUAGGAAACUCUACUUUUGUUAUUUAAGUGGUGACGUCAUGCCAACCUGUCAGCCUCUCCUUUUAACCUUUUUGUUGUCUGCCUGUUAUUCAGACUUUUGUUGCGUCGUUGUUGUUGAAAGGUUGUUUUAUCUCAGAUUGAGUUUCGCCGGGUUUGAAUUUAUGUGGUACAUUUUUAUAUUUUGCACAGAUACUAAAAGUAACCAAAUGUUAUGCAUACGAUCCUGACUGGGUGACGUGGUUUUAAUGGUUUUAACAAGGGAAACGGCUGGGUGACGUGGUUUUAACAAGGGAAACGACUGGGUGACGUGGUUUUAACAAGGGAAACGGCUGGGUGACGUGGUUUUAAUGGUUUUAACAAGGGAAACGGCUGGGUGACGUGGUUUUAACAAGGGAAACGACUGGGUGAAGUGGUUUUAAUGGUUUUAACAAGGGAAACGGCUGGGUGGCAUCAUUAUACCUGUUCCAGAGAUAGAUAGAUACAUCUCUAUAUAGCUUUGACUUGUACCAGAGAAGAAUCUGUCUGGUGUUGUACCUGUGAUGGGUAACCUACUAAACCAUUGACGUCAUCCUCCUCGACUCUUCUUAUCCAAGCAAAAAAAAUCCAUAUUGUUGUUUGUUUUACACGCAUAGAUUCUAUUCACAUAUAUUUUUACGUUGCAUUUUAGUCAUGAAAUAUAAUUGUAUUUUAAAGCAACACCGUUUGAGUUAAUGACAGUGUUAAUGACAGUGUUGUGUUAUAUGAAGAAUGCUACUGCUUGUAUGUACUGUAAAAACAAAACCAAUACAUGCAGGAACACAGUUUCUCCCUCCUGUGUCUAGGCUGUUUAGAUCCAUUGUUACUCUCCUAGUCUUAACCCCAUCAGGCUCUCCUUACCAAGCUUUAAACUGUGUUUUCAUCUUAUACACUGUGUAAGAGGUGUGCCUUUAUACUCCAAAUGAUUUCAUUUGUCUUUUUUAAUGUCUUUUUAUUUUUUUUACAAAGUUAAAAUGUUAUUUUAAUAGGGUUUUAUUUUCAGUGUUUUCCCUUCCUGUGUAGUAGGUGUUUUCAAUAUAUUAUUGUUGAGUCAAAUUGA